CGUGUAACAGAGCAAUAGUUCACUCGUGUCACACGAAACACGUGCGCGCGUACGGCCGAGACUAAAACGCACACCAUCCCCUAACCAUCCCCAUCCCCGCAUCUCCACCCAAGUCAAUGUCGCAGUCACCCGGGCGCUUUAGCGCGCCCGUUAAGCUACCUUAUGCACCACCCUCGACACCUCGCAGCCAUAGUGACGAUGCCCUGCCCUCGUAUCUGAGGCGCCACAUCCAGCUAGGCUUCACACAAGACGAUGUCGCCGCCCUCAUCUCCUCGAUCGACUCGAGCCAAGCGCCGCCCUCAUCUUCCAAUGGCAACCCAACGCUAGCGCACCUCCCCGCAGAACUCCUGCUCCAGAUUCUCGAACACGUUCCUGUCGAUCAUAUCCUCGAUUGGCGGCUAGUGUGUCGUGGGUUUCGCGAUGCGCUCGACGGCCGUGUUCUGUACCACUGUCUGCAGAGGACGCGGCUGGUGGGAUAUACGGGGCCAAGACACGGCCCGUUCAUGGAAGAUCUGGAUGAGGAGGAACACGAAGCUGUGCAUUUGCUUGAAGCGGGGUUUCUAAGAAUUGAAGAGGAUACAAAGUAUCUGGAAGACAAGAGACCCAUCUGGAGCAAUAAACAUGCCGUCUUCAAGAUUAAGGAGGAAUGGUAUCGCGCUUUCAGAACCAUGUGUGGCCUAGAGACAAAGCCGGGAGACACAAUCAACGACGUCGAGCCACGGUGGUAUGGCGUGCUUGGCCGACUGGCAUUGCUACGGGAAGAAGAACAAUUCGGUCAACUGCGCUGGUGCAUCCGACUGGAUCACGCUGUUCUAGACCUCGACUUCCCUCUCGACAAAGACUGCUUACAUUUCGAUUUCAAUGUGGACCUACGGACGGGCCUUGUUCGAGUAGCAUGGAAAGACAUGCUCGUCCGGUUCCUCAAGACAGAACGAGCACUACGGAUACUAAUGGAACAAAAACGCGACUCCCCCUUCACAUUCUCCCACCACGAAGACUGCCUCCGCGCCAUCCGUCGCGCCCGCCUCCUCGCCUCCCUAACCUCCGCGCAAGAAGACAACACCAUCCGCUGGGCCUUCCGCUUCCUCACGCCUCUCUUCAACACCCCAGCCGACCGCCACACCUCCCGCCUCUCCCAAAUCGAAGAAGACGCAAUCCGCACGCUCCUCCUCCUCCGCCGCACAGCCUCCCUAUCACCCUCCCAACUCACCUACCUCCAAACCUUGCACGCCACCUACCAAUCUCUCGAAUCCUCACUCCGCUCCCUCGACGCCACGUACACCGAGUUCAAAUCAUACAUGUCCAUGCCCGGCUUCCAGACUACUAUGCUCCUGCCCUCGAUGAUUAGCAAUGCCAAAAACGUGCCUGGGAAUCCUGUUGCUUGGUCUGAUGAGCUGAGACUGCGGAUCGAGUGUCAAGUUGCGAGAUGGAAGCAACAGAGCGAGGUUAUGGAAAAGGUUCGGGCUUUGUUGGAGACGAGUUGCGAGGCCAUGGCUGCGCCCGAGGACGGGUUUGAUGAGUUGGGCAGUGACUUUUGAUACAUGAUGAGUCUCAGUGCGCGCUGGUGGUGCGUUCUCGACCUGUUCUGUCAGACCCUCUUUGUCUGGAUGUAUAUCUUUGAUCAUAUUUCUCACCUUUUCCUCGUUGCAUCGAGCAACACAGAGUCAGGACAUCCUCCAACUACACCAAGAGCAGUUGCGAGUUGGGGGUCACGUACCAUGCUAGCUUGAAACCCAGAAGAAUGUACACCCAUUCACUACACAGUCUCUCGCGUAUCAGGCAACCAAUGUGUGUAAAGUAUUAUGAUUAAGGCUUGGAAUCUAAUCUAAGCUCCGUAUACCGAAUGCGUAACCAUGUGUAUCUCAGAAUACCAUGCUCUUUCGUCAAAGCCGAAGAAAUAAGAACCUCCAUCCAAAUUGCGCCAAUGCU